AUGCCGCUGCGCCUCGAGAUCGACAAGGGCCUCAAGACGCGGUCCAUCCGCGUCAAGAGCGUCGCCUUCCACCCGACCGAGCCGUGGGUGCUAAGCGGCCUCUACGAUGGCACGGCCACGAUCUGGAACUACGAGACCGAAGAGCUCGUCAAGUCGUUUGAAGUGAGCUCGCUGCCCGUGCGCAGCGUGCAAUUCGUUGCGCGCAAGCAGUGGAUUGUGGCCUCGGGCGAUGACAUGCACCUCACGGUCUUCAACUACAACACCAUGGCCAAGGUCGUCAGCGUCGAGGCGCACCACGACUUUGUCCGGUACGUCGAGGUGCACCCGAUCUUGCCCAUUCUCCUCACGUGCUCGGACGACAUGGCGGUCAAGAUGUGGGACUGGGAUAAGAACUGGCUGUGCACGCGCGUCUUUGAGGGCCACGGCAGCUACGUCAUGAUGGCCAAGUUCAACCCGAAGGAUACCAACACGUUUGCGACCGCGGGCUUUGAUGGCACG